AUGGACCCUGGCGUGGACGGUGUCCACCCCACUCAUACCCCAGGAACACAGAAGAACGGUAUGGACCCUGGCGUGGACGGUGUCCACCCCACUCAUACCCCAGGAACACAGAAGAACGGUAUGGACCCUGGCGUGCUAGGGGUUCACCCCACUAAUACCCCAGGAACACAGAAGAACGGUAUGGACCCUGGCGUGGACGGGGUCCACCCCACUCAUACCCCAGGAACACAGAAGAACGGUAUGGACCCUUGCGCGGACGGGGUCCACCCCACUCAUACCCCAGGAACACAGAAGAACGGUAUGGACCCUGGCGUGGUAGGGGUCCACCCCACCACUCAUACCCCAGGAACACAGAAGAACGGUAUGGACCCUGGCGUGGACGGGGUCCACCCCACUCAUACCCCAGGAACACAGAAGAACGGUAUGGACCCUGGCGUGGUAGGGGUCCACCCCACUCAUACCCCAGGAACACAGAAGAACGGUAUGGACCCUGGCGUGGUAGGGGUCCACCCCACUCAUACCCCAGGAACACAGAAGAACGGUAUGGACCCUGGCGUGGACGGGGUCCACCCCACUCAUACCCCAGGAACACAGAAGAACGGUAUGGACCCUUGCGCGGACGGGGUCCACCCCACUCAUAUCCCAGGAACACAGAAGAACGGUAUGGACCCUUGCGCGGACGGGGUCCACCCCACUCAUACCCCAGAAACACAGAAGAACGGUAUGGACCCUGGCGUGGUAGGGGUCCACCCCACUCAUACCCCAGGAACACAGAAGAACGGUAUGGACCCUGGCGUGGUAGGGGUCCACCCCACUCAUACCCCAGGAACACAGAAGAACGGUGUGGACCCUGGCGUGGACGGGGUCCACCCCACUCAUACCCCAGAAACACAGAAGAAUGGUAUGGACCCUGGCGUGGUAGGGGUCCACCCCACUCAUACCCCAGGAACACAGAAGAACGGUAUGGACCCUGGCGUGGUAGGGGUCCACCCCACUCAUACCCCAGGAACACAGAAGAGUGCAAUCAUCGGUUCAUUCCAUUUCCUACUUCCUUAUGGAAUCAUAAUUUAG